CGUCCUUUGAUGUACGGCUUUAAAAUCGGUCACCUGACACACUUUGGUCACCUUUCAAGCAGUGUGCCUCGUCGGCAGCCACUGCGCAUGCGCCCUGGCCAACUCUUUAAAUACCCCAAGUCAUCUGGCAAAACAAAACAUUCCGCUGUCAGCUCUCAGCUGCAAAUGUCCACCCCGGCGGAAGCAGCGCGGCUCUUAUUUAUUUGCAUACUUUUACAUGGUUUGUGAAUAAGGAACAAUUAGAGGCGUAAAAGCCGAGAGUUGCGGCGGUAAAAAAAGAAGCGAGCAGGUCGAGCUCGGGGGGGGGGAGAAAAACAAAGAUGGUGGUAGUGUAGCCACAGAGACGAGUUCCAACACAAAUCGCCUCCAACAUCACCCGGACACUCGGCUACCGGAGCAAAUACGGGAGACGAACAGCCGAUCUGAGCCGAGAAGAACCGGGCCGCCGGUGCACACCUGGUACCGAGCGCUGUCACGGCGACUAACGGCGUCGAGAAGCCAACAGCUGAGAGUUGUUUUUGUUCCCACUGGAGCUCUGUUUGUCAGCUAGCUAGCCUGCUAAGCGCUUUCUAGACGACCGCCGCCAUGUCCGCCAUGGACGACGGGGACGUGGGUGUCGCGCCCGCGCCCGGCUCCUCCUCGGCUGGCCUGGGUAUCGGUAUCGGGGCCGGGGGGGCGGCGGCGGAGGCGGCGGCCGAGGCCAUGCAAGAGGAUGUUGGGACGCGGCGACAGGCGGACGGGCCCGACGCCGACUCGGAAGAGCCGCCCAAGAAGAGGUCCAAAGUGCCCGAGGGGGAGUCCGGCAAGCUGGAGGAGAGACUGUACUCUGUGCUGUGCUGCACCGUGUGCCUAGACUUGCCCAAGGCGUCAGUGUACCAGUGCACCAACGGGCACCUGAUGUGCGCCGGCUGCUUCAUCCACCUGCUGGCUGACUCUCGGCUGAAGGAGGAGCAGGCCACGUGUCCAAACUGCAGGUGCGAGAUCAGCAAGAACCUUUGCUGCAGGAACCUGGCCGUGGAGAAGGCGGUGAGCGAGCUGCCCACGGAGUGCACCUUCUGCCUUAAACAAUUCCCUCGAUCCAGCCUGGAGAGACACCAGAAAGAAGAAUGCCAGGACAGGGUGACGCAGUGCAAGUACAAGAGGAUCGGGUGUCCGUGGCAGGGUCCCUUCCAUGAGCUGCCGGCACACGAGGGCGAGUGCUCGCAUCCUACCAAGACGGGCACAGAGCUGAUGGGCAUCCUGGGCGAGAUGGACCAGAACCAUCGGCGUGACAUGCAGCUCUACAACAGCAUCUUCAGCCUGCUCUGCUACGAGAAGAUCGGCUUCACAGAGGUGCAGUUCAGGCCGUACCGCACCGACGACUUCAUCACACGGCUGUACUACGAGACGCCGCGCUUCACCGUGCUCAACCAGACGUGGGUUCUGAAGGCCCGUGUCAAUGACUCGGAGCGCAACCCCAACCUGUCCUGCAAGCGCACGCUCUCCUUCCAGCUCAUCCUCAAGAGCAAGGUGAACUCGGCACUGGAGUGCUCGUUUCUGCUGCUGAAGGGCCCGUACGACGACGUGCGCAUCAAGCCCGUCAUCCACCACUACGCGUUCACCAACGACGCCAACGAGACGGACUACGUGCCGCUGCCCAUCUCCGACUCGGUGGAGUGCAACAAACUGCUGGCCGCCAAAAACAUCAACCUGCGCCUCUUCAUCUUCCAAGUCCAAAAAUAACAUGGAAACCCUUCAGAAUAAGAGCCAAGGAGAGGAGGAGGAGUGAUGGAAGGAAAGAUAGAUGAAGAUGAAAGAACCACUGAUACCUCUUAACACACACACACACACACACACACACACACACACACACACAACUAACUCCACUUACCUCCAUGAGUGAGACCCCCACCAUGUGAGUUGCUACGGAGAUGGGCAGGUGGGCAUUGACAUCAUUUGGGGGUCAUGAUGUUUGAUGUCUGACACCUUCCUGAAACAAACACAUGCAUACACACACCUACAGCCAAAAGUAGCACACACACACACACACACACACACACACACACCACAGUGCUACCCAAAUGUGAAAUAAGCGUUUAAAUCUGCUCAGCUGUGACGUCUGAUUGGAUGGUGUGAAUGUUGUGUAGUCUCCCCCCCAUUUUAUUUAAACAUGAUUUAAACACUCUUUUAAAAUGAAGAACUUUUAACCCAACACACAUAAUUUUAUUUGCAGCCAUUUUUACCCCCCCUUACCCCCACCAUUAACUCUGAUAAGCAGUAGAAGAUGGAUGGAUUAAAAAUAGUAGCAUGUUGCCAUGUUUUUAAGAAAUUCUUUAGUGCAUUUUAGUACAUUUUUCCUGGCUUAAAUGUAUUUAUCAAAGCACCAAAGCCCAGAAUGAAGGUACCACCUUCACUUGUUCGUCACACACUUUUUGUCCUCCAAAGUUUGUGGAACAAGAAGACUUGGAUGUGUGUGUGUGUGUGUGUGUGUGUGUGUGUGUGUGUGAGAGAGACAAAAAAGGAGGGGCGUGGGGGGGGGCCUAUACCUUGAGGAUGUUGGACUUACUUGAAGGAGAAGAUGUUACAAGAAUAGAUUCUACUGUAAAGCAGAAAGAAGAUGUCUCUCCUCCUGACCUCUGCUGUAUAUUUUGGGUGUUUUCAAAAAAGAAAAAAAAGACAAAAAGCUUCCGUCUCUGCCGGUGGACUCGCUCAUCUCACUAUGGCUGUACAUGUGCCUUUUAUUAUUAUUAAUAUUAAAGAUC